GCUGACUGCGCCGUGGGUGAUUCAUGCCGCUCCAGCCCCCCCCCGCGCCGGCAGCUGCCAAAAAUAGCGCUGCGGGAGGGGGGGGACCCUCCACAUCACCUCCCGGCCCCCCCCGCACCGGCGGCGGGCCGGGAUGGCGGCCACGGGCCGCUGUCCCCGACACUCCCAUCCCCAGGGCUGCGGGGACCGGGACCCGGAGCGGAGGGACCCCACGCUCCGGUUGCCACGUGAGCGGGUGCCACCCCCGUCCCCGCGCCCCGGCCCGUGAGCCCGGCCAUGCCCAGCCCCGUGCGCCGCCCCCCCGGCGCCGCGCUGGCACCGGGGCUCGCCAUGAUCCCGGCGGAGGGCUCGGCGCUGCUGCGCGCCGUAUCCCAAGGGAAAUUCCGCCUGACCCGGCUGCUGCUGGAAGGGGGAGCCUACAUCAACGAGGGCAACGCCGCGGGCACGACGCCGCUGAUGGCCGCGUGCCGCGCCGGCUACGCCGACCCGCCGGAGCAGCCGCGCAUGGUGCGGUACCUUCUGGAAAACGGCGCCGAUCCCAACAUUCCCGACAAGGCCGGGAAGACGGCGCUGAUGCACGCCUGUGCCGAGCGCGCCGGCCCGGCCGUGGCCGCCGUCCUGCUGGCCCACGGCGCCGACCCCAGCGCCCGGGACUACGCCGGCGGCUCGGCGCUGGUUUACGCGCUGGAGCGCGGGGACCGGGAGACGCUGCAGGUGCUGCUGGACGCGUGCCGGGAGCGCGGCCGCGACGUCAUCAUCAUCACCUCGGCCACGUCGCCCCGCGGCACCAAGACCACCCGCCAGUACCUGAACUCGCCGCCGUCGCCCGCGCUCUGCGCCUCCCCCUCCCAGGUGGAGGUGCGGGCGGCGUCGGCGGCGUCGCCGGGCGCGGGCGGGAGGGAUGAGGAGCGGGAUGUGUUCCGCUUCCCGCCGGCGGCUCCGGCCGCCGCUCCGGAGCCGUCGCGGGCCGGGCCCAAGAGGCAGCUGAAGAGGCUCAAUUCGGAGCCCUGGGGGCUGGCGGUGCCGGGGGCGGAGGGGACGACACGGGGAAGCCUGGAAGGGACGUGGGGGUCCUUGGAGGGGACACGGGGCCCUUCGGAAGGGUCAUGGGGUUCCCCAGAGGGGCCACGAGGAGCCCUGGAAGGGACGUGGGCCCCCCCGGAGCGGCCGGCGGGGGGGUUGGAGGGGCUGGGGCUGCGCCCACGCCGGCACAGCAUGGAGGGGCGCGAGGCCUCGGGGCUGCCGGGGCCCGCCUGGGCCGAGCGGGUGCCCCCCGUGCCCCCCCCGGCACGUCGGCCCCCGGCCCCCGACCCUCCGCGGGGCAAACCCCUGUGCCGGGACCCCCUCGACCCCGAGGCGGCCCCCCCCGGGCCACUCCGACGCCCGGGCGGGCUGUUGGAGCGCCGCGGCUCCGGAACGUUGUCCCUGGAGCCCCCCGGGUCGGGCAGGGCCGGGCUGCUGCCCCCGCUGCCCCCCGGGCCCCCCCGGGCCCUGCUGCGCCGCCGCCAUUCCAUGCAGCCGGAGCUCGUCGCCUUCCACAGCGCCCUGGGCCCCGAGCCCGGCUCUUAGAGACCCCCGGGGACCCCCCUCAGCGUCCUCUGGGACCCCCCCCGGGUCCCCUUUGCUCUGAACCCACCCAGGGCUCCAUCGCUGUCGGCACAAACUCGGCACGACCCCCCCAGUUCCCUCGGGAGUCGGUGGCUUUUCCCUGCAUCUUCCUCCUGCUCCCUCCUCAUCCUCCCGGCAGCUUUUCCCCUUAAACCCACGGCUGGGGGUCUGCACAGCUCCCCACCCCCCCCGGCCCUCCCCGUUUUUGGGGGGUGGUGUCCUUCAAUAAAGGCCCCCGUGCAGCUCAGCGGCUCCGAGUGUGGAGGCGGGG